AUGAAUGUCACAGAAACGAGCAUAACAAAGGCCGACGAUUGGCCAUGGACAAAAAUCGUAUUGAUCGUGCUUUUCUGUUUACUUAUUGUAAUAACAAUCAUCGGUAACACUUUAGUGAUUCUUUCUGUCAUCACAACUCGUCGUCUACGUACCGUGACCAACCUUUUUGUCACGAGUUUAGCUGUGGCUGGCUCAUGGCAUUUAGGCUGGGUCCUAUGCGAGUUUUGGAUUUCAUUGGACGUAUUACUAUGUACAGCAAGUAUCCUUAGUCUUUGCGCUAUAAGCAUCGACAGAUACUUGGCAGUUACACAGCCUCUCAAUUAUUCAAAGAGACGUCGCUCAAAAAGGUUAGCGAUGGUGAUGAUUCUGAUUGUGUGGAUUCUUGCCCUUGCUAUCACAUGUCCACCAAUUUUAGGAUGGCACGAUGUUGAAAGAAGACGAGCUGAUAUCAAAGACUGUGAAUACAACAAGGACAAGGGCUAUGUCAUUUAUAGUGCCUCUGGUUCGUUUUUCAUUCCCAUGUCAAUUAUGUUGUACGUGUAUUCAAAGAUAUUCUGCGUUCUGUCAUCGCGACAGUCCCGGAUUUCAAGAACUGAGGCAUGUGAACGUUCUACCGACAUUGAAGCAGAAUUUGUGACGUCAGAAAUGGACUCGAGUUAUCCCCAAAGCUCUAAAGACGUGGUAAUCAACAACACACUUCGUGAGCCUCAACAAACAACACUUUAUGAGCUUUUGGAAUAUGCAAAAUCUCGAUCGAUUCUAAAAGGAAAUUCACAAAAUGCCACAAACAAUUCAAAUCAUGGAAGCUUUGUUAUCCGCUCGUUUAAUACGGUUCAGUUCAAUCAGCAUCACCAUUCAAUGAAUGAAAAUUCCUCGAUAAAAUCCAACAAGAAAAUGCCUAUAAGAAUUUCAUCUCUGAAACGAGAAACGAAAACUGCGCAGACAUUGAGCAUUGUCGUUAAGAAAUGUGUCUUUUAUUCUCUUCCGGAAAAUAGUUUCAUAGCGUGUUGGCUUCCAUUCUUUAUUCAUUACAUUUCAAAACCCUUUAUGGAGAAAGACAGCGUAUGGACAAACAAAGUGCUAGAAGACUGCUUGAUUUGGUUGGGUUGGAUUAAUAGCGCUAUAAAUCCAUUCAUAUAUGCUUUUUACAAUGGGGACUUUCGAAUUGCCUUUUAUCGUCUAACAUUCAGAGCCUGUUGCCGGAAUCAACAAAAUACCGUCUUCAAAUGA